AGUCGCCGACGACGUGUGGCUUGUGUCCGGGUCGGUAUUACCGGUUGAUGGUGAGCCUAAAAAGGCCAGCUUCCGGUGGAUUGUGUGUGUCUGAUCGGUUACAAGUUCUGAGGAGAGAGCCCUCUCUCACACCGGGCACUGGCCCAGGGCGGACGCAAAGAAGCGGUGCUGAAAUAAUUCUACUGAGCAGUGGGAACUGAAAAUGCAGUCAAGGCGUUCACUGGUGACGAAGCUCAUUGGGUUGCUGAUGGCAGUGGGCACCAUUGACCCUUGUCGGGCGGUUGCCGUGGAAACGCCCGAGCCCGCAUCACUUCUCAGGCCUCGAGACGUGAAUCCACAUCCGUACCGGAACGCGUACGAAGGCGUCGCCAUCUUCGAUCGCAACCUAAUUACCAACAGUGAAAAGUUCGCCCAAAAUCUUCUCAAUCAAGGUCCCAUCCAGUUCCCACGAGCCGGUGCCCCGUCGGUAAAUGGUUUGCCGUACCCUUACGAGGCCCUCGCACUGAAGGAACGCCACCAGAAGAUGGGGCGGUUUGCCGGAGCGGACAGUCCGAUAGUGAAACCAGUCUAUCAGGCUUUGGCCAAGCACGGCGCUCGGGUUCUCGGCAGGAGCUAUACGGUUGACGAUAAUGAGAUCUUUAACCAGGAAGCUUCGACGAAUGUGAAGAAAAACUAUGUCUUCUCGUACGCGGUGAAGGAUUCCGCUUCGGGGGAUGACUUUUCUCACACCCAGCAACAGCAAACGGACGGAGCGGUCAAGGGAAGCUACAAAGUACAGCUACCGGACGGACGGAUGCAGAUCGUCAAGUACGUGGCAGACAGCAACGGCUACCGGGCGGAUGUGACUUACGAGAACGAACCAGCGACGGCUGCGGUGCCCGGGACGCCCGGCGCAUACAACUACUAUCGGAGACCUACUGUCUCCCAGCGGCAGGAACAGGAACAUCAACAACCACAGUAUCGCAGCCAACCCCAGGUAUACUACGCAGCGACUCCUGCACAGAUUCCUGCUCCCUUCUACCCAACCCAGUUGCGCGAUGUCAAGAUCCACAGCUACAACACAGCACCCCACGCUGGAGCAGUGAUUGCUUCAACAACAACGCAAGCCACACCGGCCACGGGAACGUAUCUGGCCACAUUUACGGCCCCUGCAAAUCUGGCGUACAUUGCGGCGACGUCACCAAUCGCGGGAACGGAACAGUCACACGGAGCAGCCCUUACGGCAGUUCCCGUUGCCAUGAUCACGACGGCAUCGGGCGCAUCGCUUCCGGCGUACCGUGACAUCCACGUGGCCCCUCCCGCACCCGUGCAGCCUCUCGGGGUAGCUUUCGCGUCUGCUGGCCGACGGACCACAGUGUACGCGGAAAGAGUACCCCAGUCGUUCGCGGGAGCCGGCCUACAGCAAACAAUCUACCGGAACGUUCAACCGACGUUGGUUAACGACAACACCAAGCACUCCGUGGUAGCCAACCUGGCCAACUACAUCCAGGGCUUUGUGCAGAUCCCAGCCGACAAUCGGGUGUACAGACGGAACACGGAUCGCAGCACGGAAGUGCUAACGACGAAUCAGAGUCCGUCCGAUCACGAUCAAUCGAAAACGAAGGCCGGCAAUCAAACCAAACGCAGCAAACCAGCACAGAAGGCGACAGUGUGACAGAAUGAUGUCUGGUUUAUUUUGCUAACAA